AUGCAUAUUCCGGGAGCUCAGACGAUGGCCGCGCUCAUGGCCCUUGGCGGCCUUGCACCAACUGGCGACUAUGUCGCCAAAGGAACGGUGCUCGACUACGCCGUCGAAGCGUGCCUCGACGCCGACGGAAACGUUCGUUGCUCCAAGCCUUUUUCCGUCCUACGCGACUCCUGCUACACCAUCAGCUGGACCACCUCCGGUACCCUCUCCCACACCACGGCCGAGUUCCGCGACGCUGCCACGGGCGAAAUCGUCUUCUAUCGCGAUACGGACGGCCCCUGGUUCCCCGCGAAGCCUGAACUCGUCUAUCUCGACUUCAAACCGAAGAUGUGGUGGGCGGGAAACGAUACGGUCGACUACGAGGUCAAAAUGUGCGACAAGGUCAAUGAUCUGUAG